GCCGGGUAGAUGACGUGGACCAGCAGCAUGAGCAGUGGUUACAGCAGCCUGGAGGAGGACACGGAGGACUUCUUCUUCACCGCCAGGACCUCCUUUUUCCGGAGACCCCCGCAGGGCAAGCUCCGCACCGGGCACCAAGAUGUGGAGAAAGAGAAGGAAACCCACAAUUAUCUCAGCAAAGAGGAAAUCAAAGAGAAGGUUCACAACUACAAUUUAGCUGUUACUGACAAAUUGAAGAUGACUUUGAAUUCCAAUGGGAUUUACACUGGUUUCAUCAAAGUCCAAAUGGAACUGUGCAGACCCAUCACUGCAUGGACUUCUCAGAACCCUGAAAAGCCUGCUUCCAACAAUAACAGCUGUAUGAACACCCUUCACAUCAGCAGCACCAACACUGUCCGGGAAGUUAUCGAAGCCCUGCUCAAAAAAUUCCUGGUUUCUGAAAGCCCAGCCAAGUUUGCCCUUUAUAAGCGUUGUCACAGAGAAGACCAAGUAUAUGCGUGCAAGCUCUCGGACCGAGAACACCCCCUUUAUCUGCGUUUGGUGGCGGGGCCAAGGACAGAAACGCUGAGCUUCGUUCUGCGUGAGCAUGAAACGGGAGAGUGGGAAGCAUUCAGUGUUCCUGAGCUACAGAACUUCCUGCGGAUUCUGGACAAGGAGGAAGACGAGCAGCUGCAGAGCAUCAAGCGGCGCUACGCCGCUUACAGACACAAACUUGAAGAAGCCCUCCAGGAAACAUGGAAGCUGGAUUAAGCCCCCGACCUCUCAGGAAUGGCGCAGGCUCCUUCAGCAAACUAACAGACACCCAGAAACAGAAGAACCAAGUGACGGCGGUGGCACGCCCAGGACGAUGCCCAGGCAGCGGCAGGCGCACUCUUUGUCAGGCAGGCUGGCUUACAGUCUUGCCACCACGGGGUACCUCUCCCCAGUUUUUGGCUUUGGUCCCCUUCAGCAUCCGGCCCCCAAAUACUGCUGAAGGGAUCCCACCAGCUCUCGGCGUUCUGCCAUCGCAGAAUCCUCUGUGGGCUGGCUGGGAAUUGGAGGCAGGCAGCUAUUAGGACUCUAGGAUGCUUUAAAGGAUGAAGGAUAGAGUGUGUUACUCCUUCCACCUUUUUUUUUUUUUUUUUAAACAGAUUUAUGGCUUUUAGCCCAUACAGCUUGUUUUUGUUCUUGUUUGUUUUUUUUUAAAGGCUGAAAGAAGAAUCUAAUCUGAAGAGUUUGAAACAUUGAGCUCUACUGUUCUUCCUUUUGUUAAAGUCUAUAAUUUUGCAUGAAAAAAGCCAGGUAUGAUGGAAGGCUAAAGGAAGUGAGUAAUUUUGGAAGGGUUUUGGAUGGAGCCAGACCUAAGGAAAGAAAAGAGUAAGUCAGAAAGAAGACAUGAGCAGGGAGAGACUAAUGGGAGCCAAUAUGUUGGCCAAUGGUGGAAUCGUGAAUUGUUGGGCUAUUAUAGAUGAGAGGGAAAUGGAAUUUUCUUGUAACUUGCUUUUAAAACAAUACAGUUUUAAGGUGUAAGAUGUUAUAGGUAUAGUAUGACUUGAUUUCUUUGGGGAAACGGAGAUUUUGGGGAGCAACUAAUGUGAGGGAGCCAAAAAAGAGCCAGGGAACUCCCGAGGUUGCCUUGUUUCUUCUCAUAAAGCUGGUUUUUGGUUAAACAGAACAGUAGUGUGGAAUGGUAGGUCUAUGAGUAAAUAGAAACAGAGAGACCUAAACACACCAGCUCCCAAGGGUUUGGGAGCUCUUUGGCCAGACCUAAUGGUGUCCUCUUGGCAUUUUAGAUACCAAGGAGUCCUGUAUCGCCCUUGUGUGGCUUCUUUUUUAGGUGAAGUUGUUUCUCAGGCAGAUCUCUCUUUGUCCUUAGCAGAAAAUGAGCUAUUUCACCUGGCUUUUCAGGAAAGAAAUAGGUCAGAAGGAGCCUCUGAUGCUUAUUUUCUAGGCUUAUAAAGCCAAAAUCUUUUAUUUAAACCCUGUGGAUUAUUCACACUCACUUUUCUUCCUCCCUCUUUUUCUUCCUUUUCUUCUACUUUUUGGAGUCUGUGAUAUUCCAGCACUGGACUAGGAUGUGUAAAGUUGCCAAGUCCUCCCUUCCCACCUAAGACCUCUUGGUCCCUGACAUAAUCAAAGCACAUAAGGGAGAAGGAGGGGGAAAAGUCUGUAUUUGCUAACGUAAACUGGUAUUCUUACCAAGAUAUUUAUUUAAACAAGCUUGUUUCAGCCAACCAAAGAGAUGGAUGGGUGUGCAAUAGAAGCCUUCCUUAUUCGAGUUCUUGAGUCAUCAGAACAUAUAUGAUUUAGUCCUGUGGAAACAGGGGGAAAAAAAUAAAAUUUGCUUAAGUUCAGGAGAGCCUGUGCCACCCAUUUUUACUCUAGACAUUGAUUAUAAAUUCCCAAGGAAUUGUUGACACUGUAGUGACACCUAAUGGCUUCUUUGCGAAACUCCAAGGUGGUUCAGUCCUGUGCCUUUUAAUCUGCAAACUGUGCCUUUUUGUGACUUCCUCUUCUCAUUUCCAGAUUUUGGGGCUGAAGACGAAGAACAAUCAUUUUGUCCUGACCAUUUGUCGGUUAUCUUCCCCCAAGUUCCUGAGACAAUCGUAUCUUCUGAAACUGUUAAGGAAGAGUUUUUUCAGAGUAGAACUUGAUAUAAAAAUAUACUCGAUAUUAAAAAAAGACUCGUCUUUUUAGUUUGCAUGAACCUGUGUAGUGCAUGUAUGAAGUUUUAAGUGCCAUUAUCAUCAGACACUUUACUGUUCAGGGAAUGCUGUUGUUUUCCUUUUUAGCCUUCAAACCAAGCCUGGGUUUGAGUAUUCUCUUAGCAACCACCAUCUGAGUUUUGACUAACCUGUCCCAUUUUGAUGAGAAAUUUCUGUUGCUGCAGCUUUGACUUUUCGUAUCUGAAUGCUCUUAGAAUCUAUCAGUGGGUAUCUGUGAAUUCUUUUUUACUUGAAGUAGAUCGUCUGUAAAAUCGGUAUCCCCAUUUCAUAUUAUCCAGAAACCUCAGUCGUUAUCUUCUGUGCACUAAGUCAUGAUUUGGAAAGCUUCCUGUGCCGAAAUUUUGCAGAAGUUUCUAAAAAAGACUGUUUUUCAUUGUGGCCCCUGGUGCCUGGCCCCUUCCAACACUGGUUACUUACUGCAGCAGCUUUUAAAUGUUUAAAGAAAGAGAGAGACAUUUUUUUAAUGCCAGAUCUAGCCAAAGAAAUGUUCUGAGUUUAUUUUUUACAAGUGACUGUAUUAAAUGAUCUGAGCUUUGCUGGAGUGUUAUUGAUAUUCAGUUUGUGAUGGUACAGGAAAGAGUUAAAAUAAGGUGGUGGUAAUGCAGGGAAGCAUUUUAAAUUGUAAAAGUAAAAACAUUUUUUAAAGUUAUACUAUUUAUAAUUUUGACAACUUUAAUUUUAUUUUUAUAGGGAAAAUGCUUUCCCCUUUAAAUUGUUUCUGAAAUGGCAAAUUGUGGUUCCACUUAUUAAAAGUUGCAGUUGUUGUA